AUGAGGAUAGUCGCUCGGGGAAAUGCCAAUAUCCUGAUAGAUUAUGGAGAGCCUAGCUGCCUGUAUAGAUGCUGUGUGAGGUACUCUGGCUCACUAAGACAGAAUAAUCUGUAUACUCUCGAAAAUUUCAAGUACAUCAAUGAAACCAUUAAACCAUUGCUAGGCGAUCUUUUAUGCCCGAUGGAGCUGCAAGUAAUCCCAAUAGAGUUCCUAGAAAGUAUUCGAGGCGAGCUUGGCGAAAUAAUCGAUGACAGCAAUGUGAUAGUUACGAAACUGCGCAAUUUGAGACCCUCGGAAUUCAGCACUGUAUUGUAUUCUGACCAUUUCACCAGACUCUACACUACUGAAGGCAAAUCAAAAUUAUGCUUGGAGUUCAAGCCAAAAUGGCUCUAUAAUUCGUCCGAUUACUGCAGAAACUGUUCUCACAAUGUUCUGAAAGGAAGAAAUAUCAAAUAUUGUUAUAGAAGAGUGAUGAACGAUCCUACUUGUUUGAGGGAGACGUUUCAAAAUGGUGUAGACAAAGCCUUCAUUGUGAAUCUACUAGCUUAUUUUGAGAAUGGUGAAAAUGUUUUACGAAAAUUGUAUCAUCUUCAGAAGCAAGCACAUACACAAGUGCUUGGAGAAAUAAGAAAUAAUGAUGAUGUCACUGAUGAUUUGCUUCUCGAAAUGACGCUAAAAGAUGUAACAUGCUUCUUGCAAUGGCAUGUUGACGGUGAUAUAAGCUGUCAAAUCGUAGACGUAGAUCUCAAACCAAAAGAGAAAUGGGUUCAUUGGCUUAAAACUGAGACACAGCUACGUGACUUAAAUAGUAAAAUCUAUGCGAAUUAG